CCAUUGACGUCAGUCCGGUAUCACAUGAACGAGCGGGGACCAAUCGGCGCGGCGCUGCCGGAGAGUGCUGGCUCCUUGUUACACCGAGAGAGAGGGGGCGAGAGGACGGAAUAGAAAAAGGAAGUCUGUAAUGAACACAAGUCCCCGCGGAGGAGCCUAGCGCUGCCGCCAUCGGAUACUCCGUCCGCCUUCUGCUUCUUCCCGUCGCGUUCCUCGCUGUGGAUUAUUCGGUUUGGCACCGGGGACGGACGGAACGGAUAAGGCCAUGGUCCCAACAUACUGAAUAGCUCGCUGCUGCUGGUGCUGCUGCUGGGGGGGAGGUGGAGAGACGCGCACCGCGGAGACAGUUUAUGGGGCAUUGUGCGGGGAGGAAAAUGGUGGAUGACUGCUGAGUAUGAGCUGUGUGCCAUAAAGAGGUCGGAUACGCUUUGGUGAAACACUGAUCGCGGUGUUUCUACGCCAGGCUCGGCCCCGUCCUCAGUGAGGCAGGUCGUGUUGUAGCGGCUGGUAGGCAGGGAGCCCCCCCCAGCUCGAUCCCAACGACCUCAUCCGCUUCUGUUUCCUUCUUUACAUGUAGGAUCCUCGUGUCCGUUCCAACGCGUCCCCGAGAGUUUCAUCUGGAAAACAAUAAACCUGCUGGAUUACCGAGCGAUGGAUUUCAACAGCAGCGGCGGCGGCGGCGGCGGCGGCGGGGCCAACGACCUGCACAACAACCAGUUCUAUCAGUGCGAGGAGAACAAGCCUCUGCUGGGGGAGAUGUCGGAGGGGAACAACAACACCAAGCUGAGCGCGGGGCCGUGCAAGAGGUCCCUGCACCACUGCAGCAGCGGCGGGAUGCGCUACAAGCUGCUGCACGAGGGGGACAUCCAGGUGUGCGUGGUCAAGCACCCCCGCACCUUCCUCAGCAAGAUCCUCACCUCCAAGUUCCUGCGGAGGUGGGAGCCGCACCACCUCACGCUCACGGACAGCAGCCUGACCUCGGCCACACCCACCGGUUACAUGGAGACGUCCCUGUCCUACAGCUCCAUAGAGGACCUGCAGCUCCUCUCGUGGGACAACGCUCCCAAGUACUGUGUCCAGCUCAGCUUCCCCGGCGGCACCGUCCUGCUGCAGGCUGCAAACAGCUACUUAAGGGACCAGUGGUUUCACUCCCUGCAGUGGAAGAAAAAGAUCUACAAGUACCGCAAGGUCCUCAACAACCCGAGUCGCUGGGACGUGGUACUGAAGGAGAUCAGGGCGCUGGUGGACAUGGCUCUGACCUCACCUCUGCAGGACGAGUCCAUCCACCAGGCUCCUCUGCACAUCAUCUCCACCCUGCUGGCCGAGAACUCUAAUCUCAGCACUCAGGAUCAUGAGAACAUCAUUGUGGCCAUUGCUCCUCUUCUGGAAAACAACCACCCACCACCUGACCUGUGUGAGUUCUUCUGUAAGCACUGUCGGGAGCGGCCGCGGUCCAUGGUGGUGAUCGAAGUUUUCACUCCUGUGGUCCAGAGAAUCCUCAAACACAACAUGGAUUUUGGAAAGUGCCCUCGACUGCGUCUCUUCACUCAGGAGUACAUCCUGGCUCUCAACGAGCUGAAUGCUGGGAUGGAGGUCGUCAAGAAAUUCGUCCACAGCAUGCACGGGCCAACGGGGCAGUGCCCUCACCCACGCGUCCUGCCAAAUCUGGUGGCAGUGUGUCUCGCCGCCAUUUACUCCUGUUACGAGGAGUUCAUCAACAGUCGGGACAACUCCCCCAGCCUGAAGGAGAUCAGAAACGGCUGCCAGCAGCAGAACGAACGGAAGCCCCCCAUGCCGCUCCGUCUGCUGCGCCCCGAGCCUCCGACGCCGCCUCCUGCCACCCUCCUGCCCCUCACCGCCAACCCCAGCCCCCCUCAGCCACCUCCCCCCGCCCCCUCAAACCCCACCCCGUCCAUUCCCUUCUCCUCCCUGAAGCCCGCCCUGCCCCUCUCCCCUCCCCCCUCCGUCGUCAACUCCAGCGAGAUCCUGGUGGAACUGGAGCGGAACAACAACUCGGCCAACGCCAGGCGGAAGGGCGGGCCGUCGGGGGGCGACAGCGAGCCCAACCUCAUCGACUGCCUGCUGGUCAGCCCGGCCGUCAACACUCUGUCCAUCCAGCUGCCAGCGCAGGCCGACCGGGUGCUGGGCUGCUUCGCUCUCAUCCUUAAGAUGCUGUCGGACUACGAUGACUGGAGACCUGCUCUGGCCAGCCUGCUGCAACCCAUCCCCUUCCCAAAAGAGGCCCUUGCACAUGCCAAAUUCACAAAGGAACUGAAAUAUGUCAUUCAGAGGUUUGCGGAGGACCCGAGGCAGGAGGUGCAUUCCUGCCUACUCAGCGUGCGUUCAGGUAAAGACGGCUGGUUCCAGCUCUACAGUCCGGGAGGCGUGGCCUGUGAUGACGAUGGAGAGCUGUUUGCCAGCAUGGUCCAUAUCCUGAUGGGCUCCUGCUACAAGACCAAGAAGUUCCUGCUCUCGCUGGCUGAAAACAAGCUGGGUCCCUGCAUGCUGCUGGCCCUGCGUGGGAACCAGACCAUGGUGGAGAUCUUGUGUCUGAUGCUGGAGUACAACAUCAUCGAGAACAAAGACACCCAGCUGCAGAUCAUCUCCACCCUGGAGAGCACCCAGGUGGGCCUCCGCAUGUACGAGCAGCUCUGUGACCGACAGAGAGAGCUCAAAGAACUGCAAAGGAAAGGAGGCCCGACCCGGCUCACUCUGCCCUCAAAGUCCACGGAUGCGGACCUGGCCCGCCUGUUGAGUUCGGGUUCUUUUGGGAACUUGGAGAACCUGAGCCUGGCCUUCACCAACGUCACCAGUGCCUGUGCCGAGCAGCUCAUCAAGCUGCCCUCACUCAAACAGCUCAACCUCUGGUCCACACAGUUCGGGGAUGCAGGGUUGAGGUUGUUAUCCGAGCAUCUGGCCUGUCUCCAGGUGUUGAACCUGUGUGAGACUCCCGUCACCGACGCUGGUCUGCUGGCUCUCAGUUCCAUGAAGAGUCUGUGCAGUCUGAACAUGAACAGCACCAAGCUCACUGCCGACACAUACGAGGACCUCAAGGUAGAAGCACACACACUCAAACCAACACAUGUCUACCAUCGAACCCUUCGCCUAAACUGUGCCUUGAAAACACAAUGCAACAUGCAUUUACAUCUGCCAAAUAUGCAUUCAUAUUUAUAUUGACCGAUGAAUUUACAUGACUCGUGAAGUCAACAGGGGCUCAAUAUUCAGUAUGAAGUUUCCGAUCAUAAAAUAAUGAUCAAUGAAUAUAUAGUAAAAGCUGCAUUAAUCAAUACUUUUAUAUUCACAAAGGAUUCAAUGAAUGUGUGAAAACUGUCACAUGGACAUUAGAGAGAAUGCAGCUUUCAGACACGGGGGCGACUCCUCUGGUUGUAUAGAAGUCUAUGAGAA